UAUUAACAGUUCAGAUAUUACUUUUUGUAGCCAAUAUCUUAAUCACUAUAUGUAUGUAUAGAUACCGAAUUUAAAAGGCGCUGCUUGAGCAACGCGCAUGUGUAUACAUACAUGCGCAUACACAUACAAGCAAAUUUGCUUUAUUUUUAAAGAUUGUUAUCGUUACUUCGUUACAACAUUUUUCUGUUACAAACAUGGAUGCGACAUUGAAUAAGUAUGUUCCAUUUAAAAAUACGCAUUAAAAUAAUAUCAACAGUCGGAGAUGUGUGUCAAAUUUUUAAAUUGGAAAGAUUGUAAGAAUCCUUUUUUCUAAAUAAACGCAAAAAGUUCAUGGGAAAUUUAAAAAUUUGAUUAUAAAGUAUAUAAAUAAUACGAUAUAGCUUCUGUAAAAGCAUAGUUCAGUUAUGCUUAAAGGUUAUAUGAUAACUGCAUUCUUGAUUGCAGUUACAUAUUCAUCUUUUCCAUACACAAAUGAACGUAAAUAUAUCUGUGAUGCUGAUGGUUGUAAAAUAUUAACAAAUAAUUUGAAUAAUAAUAUCUCAUCUAUAAAAUAUUGUACAAGCAAAGAUAUUUCCACUGAUGUUAAUUUUUCAAUAAUAGAAAAUAAAAAUGAAGCUUCUGAAUCUCCUGCUAUUAUACAGAUUAAUAUGAGACCACCAAAAAGUAUAUGUAAAUAUGUAUUAACUUUGUUAACUAAUGCAUCAACUAAUGAAGAAAAGUGUGUGAAUUAUAAAUUUCACAAUUCUUAUGGAAGUGAAACUCAUACUAGGAGUACCAUAUGGUUUGUUUCAGAUAAACAGUAUCAGAACACUAUUGGAAUUUUUGUUCCAUAUAUAUUUACCGCAUGUUAUUCUGUUCAAUUUUCCUUUGAUAAGGAUGUAAAGAUGUUAAAACAUAAUAAAUUCAUAAAAACUAAAUAUAAACGAACAGAAAUCAUGACACCAAUAUUUGAAUGUACAUAUGACUAUAAUAUUGAUAAACAAAUAGGACAUCUUGAGGUACUCCUUUAUAAACCUAUGGUUACAGCUGGAGCAAUAAGAUUGGGAAAACUUUGGUAUGAUUCAUCUGGAAAUGAAAGCUGUCCUUUUAAUAAGAAAGAAUUUCCUAAUGCUGUUUGGAGCUUCGAUGUUUUGGACAGCUAUUUAGGAGAUAAAAAUUAUAACUUUAAUACAACUUUGUUAACAAAUGAAAUAUAUAAUACAAAUUUGACAUUUCAAACUGAAAUUUCACAAAAGGCAAAUUAUUGUGUUUCAAUAUUUUUAUAUCGUGAUAUAAGAUGUCAAGAAUACACUUUAUGGGAACCACCUGACAUAUGUUCUUGGUACCAAAGUUGUCAAGAUAUUACUAUUUCAACUUUUGGUGUACCAACUAAAAUUAAUUCUGAUACAAUUUCUUAUUCGUACCUGCCAAUUACUAUUAUUACAUUAACUAUACUUAUAAUUAUUGGAAUUGUUAUGUAUCUCAUCUAUAUCAUACAUAUUUAUAGUAUGCAAGGAAAAGGCUUUCAUAGAAAUAUUUUCAAUGGAAAUGUUCUUAAAACUAAUGAAACUAAGUAUAAAAAAAAAGAAAAAUUUGAAGACACCAAUGUUAGAAAUACAGAUAUUAUAUUGCUGUAUCCUAAGGGUUCUGAAUCGUUUAUGGCAUUGAUGGCAGAUUUUCGCGGACUACUUAGCCAUGUUUGCCGGUGUGUUGUACACGAUUGGUAUGAUGGCAUGGAAUGGAAUUAUGUGGCUGAGGUUGGUGCUUUUGAUUGGUUUGCAGAAAUGCUCCAUAAAGAAUGCCGCGUUGUUUGGAUAGAUACUCCAAUAAUGCGUGCAUUAAUCACACAAAGAUUGAACAAUAGUUUAUCUCUUAAAAAUUUAGAACAGUAUAGUUUCGUAAAUAUUGGCGAUUUCCGUGACGCAGUGUUUCCUACAGUAUUUAAUUUAUCUAAACGUAAUAUCGGACAGUCGGCAUUACAUGUGCCUAAACAUUUUAUUAUACGAUUAAAAGAAUUUGACAAUUUUGAAAAUGAUAAUGACCCUUUUGUUGAUUUGUCUCCGCAUAUGAGAUACUUUAUACCUCAGGAUUUAAACUUGCUGUGUUCUGAUUUGUCAGCACUGGACUUAAAUAUUAUUGUGCCAUUCACAAACCAAGAAGAUCUUAUAAAACAACAUUUACAUUAUGUAAAAUUAGAUUUUUAUAAAUAAAUAUUUCAAUUAUUUAUAA